GAGAGGUUUCACAACCCGGACAGGAGCGCACCCCCUCCUUCCACCCCCACCCAGUGUCAUCAGCCUGGCAGCCCUGAGAAAGUUCCACUGGAAGGGGCCCCAUGCAAGAGAAGCCACCAUUUCCCUCUUCCUCCCGGGUCUAGGUUGCCAGCAAAUCUCAAGAGCUCUCUGAGAUCGAGUCCGGACCCACAGGUCCCUCCUAAGCGCAGAUGAGUUUCCGGAUUGCGGGCCCCAGACUUUUGCUACUGGGACUCCAGCUGUUUGCCAAGGCCUGGAGCUACAACCUGGACACACGGCCUACGCAGAGCUUCUUGGCACAAGCUGGAAGACAUUUUGGGUACCAGGUCUUGCAGAUUGAAGAUGGGGUUGUCGUGGGAGCCCCAGGUGAGGGGGACAACACGGGAGGCCUCUAUCACUGCCGAACAAGCAGCGAGUUCUGCCAGCCAGUCAGCCUACAUGGUUCUAACCAUACCUCCAAGUACUUGGGAAUGACGCUGGCAACAGAUGCCGCCAAGGGAAGCCUUUUGGCCUGUGACCCUGGACUGUCUCGGACAUGCGAUCAGAACACUUACCUCAGUGGCCUCUGCUACCUCUUCCCCCAGAGUCUGGAGGGACCUAUGUUACAAAAUCGUCCCGCCUAUCAGGAAUGUAUGAAGGGCAAAGUCGACCUGGUGUUUCUGUUCGAUGGCUCACAGAGCUUGGAUAGAAAGGACUUUGAAAAAAUCCUGGAAUUCAUGAAGGAUGUGAUGAGGAAGCUCAGCAAUACUUCCUACCAGUUUGCUGCCGUCCAGUUCUCCACAGACUGCAGAACAGAAUUUACUUUCUUGGACUACGUUAAGCAGAACAAGAACCCCGAUGUUCUGCUAGGCAGCGUGCAGCCCAUGUUCUUGCUGACCAAUACCUUUCGUGCCAUCAACUAUGUGGUGGCACACGUGUUCAAAGAAGAGUCUGGUGCCAGGCCGGAUGCUACCAAGGUGCUUGUCAUCAUUACAGACGGGGAGGCAAGUGAUAAAGGCAACAUCAGUGCGGCCCACGACAUAACCCGCUACAUCAUCGGGAUUGGCAAGCAUUUUGUGAGCGUACAAAAGCAAAAGACGCUCCACAUAUUUGCCUCAGAACCUGUAGAGGAAUUUGUGAAGAUUCUGGACACCUUUGAGAAGCUGAAGGAUCUUUUUACUGACCUGCAGAGGAGGAUUUAUGCUAUUGAGGGCACAAACAGACAGGACCUGACAUCCUUUAACAUGGAACUCUCCUCCAGCGGGAUCAGCGCAGACCUCAGCAAGGGCCAUGCAGUUGUGGGAGCUGUUGGGGCUAAGGAUUGGGCCGGGGGCUUUCUGGACCUGCGUGAAGACCUGCAGGGUGCCACAUUUGUUGGGCAGGAACCGCUGACCUCAGAUGUGAGAGGGGGCUACCUGGGUUACACUGUGGCCUGGAUGACCUCCCGGAGCUCCAGACCCCUGCUGGCAGCAGGAGCCCCACGGUACCAGCAUGUGGGACAAGUACUGCUUUUCCAAGCCCCAGAGGCUGGAGGACGUUGGAACCAAACCCAGAAGAUAGAAGGGACUCAGAUCGGAUCUUACUUUGGUGGGGAACUAUGUAGUGUUGACCUGGACCAAGAUGGCGAGGCAGAGCUGCUGCUGAUUGGAGCACCCCUGUUCUUUGGGGAGCAGAGAGGAGGCCGAGUGUUCACUUACCAGAGAAGACAGUCGCUGUUUGAAAUGGUCUCAGAGCUACAGGGUGACCCUGGCUACCCGCUUGGUCGGUUUGGAGCCGCCAUAACUGCCCUGACGGACAUCAAUGGGGAUAGGCUGACUGAUGUGGCUGUGGGAGCCCCUUUGGAGGAGCAGGGGGCUGUGUACAUCUUCAAUGGGAAGCCUGGUGGGCUCAGUCCCCAGCCAAGCCAGCGUAUACAAGGAGCCCAGGUGUUCCCAGGAAUCCGGUGGUUUGGCCGCUCCAUCCAUGGGGUGAAGGACCUUGGAGGGGACAGGCUGGCAGAUGUGGUUGUAGGAGCUGAGGGUCGGGUGGUUGUGCUGAGCUCCAGGCCGGUGGUGGAUGUGGUCACUGAGCUGUCGUUCUCCCCAGAGGAAAUCCCAGUGCACGAGGUGGAGUGCUCCUACUCAGCCAGGGAGGAGCAGAAACACGGAGUCAAGCUCAAGGCAUGCUUCCGGAUCAAGCCCCUCACGCCACAGUUUCAAGGUCGCCUGCUUGCCAACCUCAGCUACACCCUGCAGCUGGAUGGCCAUCGGAUGAGGAGCCGAGGGUUGUUCCCAGAUGGAAGCCACGAGCUCAGUGGAAACACCUCCAUCACCCCAGAUAAAUCCUGCUUGGACUUCCACUUCCACUUCCCGAUCUGCAUUCAAGACCUCAUCUCCCCUAUCAAUGUCUCCCUGAAUUUCUCUCUUUUGGAGGAAGAAGGAACACCAAGGGACCAAAAGGUGGGCAGGGCCAUGCAGCCUAUCCUGAGACCUUCAAUCCACACAGUGACUAAGGAGAUCCCUUUUGAGAAGAACUGUGGUGAAGAUAAGAAGUGUGAGGCAAACCUGACCCUGUCAUCCCCUGCCAGAUCUGGACCCCUGCGUCUGAUGUCCUCUGCCAGCCUUGCUGUGGAGUGGACACUGAGCAACUCAGGGGAAGAUGCCUACUGGGUGCGAUUAGACCUGGACUUCCCUCGGGGACUCUCCUUCCGGAAAGUGGAGAUGCUUCAGCCACACAGCCGAAUGCCUGUGAGCUGCGAGGAGCUCACCGAGGGGUCAAGUCUCCUGACUAAGACACUGAAAUGCAAUGUAAGCUCUCCCAUCUUCAAAGCAGGCCAGGAGGUGAGCCUCCAGGUGAUGUUUAACACGCUACUCAACAGCUCCUGGGAAGACUUCGUUGAGCUGAAUGGCACUGUGCACUGUGAGAAUGAGAACUCAAGCCUCCAGGAGGACAACUCAGCCGCCACCCACAUUCCUGUCCUGUACCCUGUCAACAUCCUUACUAAGGAGCAGGAGAACUCCACUCUCUAUAUCAGUUUCACCCCUAAAGGUCCCAAGACCCAACAAGUCCAGCAUGUCUACCAGGUGAGGAUUCAGCCAUCUGCCUAUGACCACAACAUGCCCACACUAGAGGCCUUGGUUGGGGUGCCCUGGCCUCACAGUGAGGACCCCAUCACAUACACAUGGAGUGUACAGACGGAUCCCCUUGUCACUUGCCACAGCGAGGACCUGAAGAGGCCGUCCAGCGAAGCUGAGCAGCCUUGUCUGCCUGGAGUCCAGUUCCGCUGUCCAAUUGUCUUCAGGCGGGAGAUCCUCAUCCAAGUGACGGGGACCGUGGAACUCUCCAAGGAAAUCAAGGCCUCCUCCACACUCAGCCUCUGCAGCUCACUCUCCGUCUCCUUCAACAGCAGCAAGCAUUUCCAUUUGUAUGGCAGCAAAGCCUCCGAGGCCCAGGUCCUCGUGAAGGUUGACCUGAUCCACGAGAAGGAGAUGCUUCACGUGUACGUACUCAGCGGCAUUGGGGGCCUCGUGCUUCUGUUCCUGAUUUUCCUGGCGCUCUACAAGGUUGGCUUCUUCAAACGGAACCUGAAGGAGAAGAUGGAGGCUGAUGGAGGUGUUCCAAAUGGAAGCCCUCCAGAAGACACUGACCCUCUGGCAGUACCUGGGGAAGAGACCAAAGAUAUGGGCUGUCUAGAGCCCCUCCGGGAGAGUGACAAGGACUAAGGCCUAGGUCUGAUACACUGACAGCCCAGGAAUAGACUUGAGAGCCCUGGCUCUGACCAGCUUCAGUCACAUGCCACCGUGUAUCCUGUCCUUCACUAGUCAUUGCUGUUCCUAGUCCUCAGUUUUCCCAUCUCGAGCAUAGAACUCAUUCCUAUGUUAUCUACAGGUGCCUGGCAAGUAGGCUGAUGAAGGCCAAGAGGGCCAUCGGUGAAGCCUGUCUUCUGCUAGCCUGCCUUGUCCCUCUGAGAGAAUCUUUGAAAUAAACUCGGAGAAACUGCCAUCUCAGGACCCAGUAAUACCCCAGCCUUCCCAACUUCCCUCAGCUGUCCCUACCUCCUGGAUCUGCCCCACACUCUCUCCUGCCUAGAGUCUAGCCUGGACUCUGCUGCCAGACAGCAGAUCACAUCUGUGUCACUGCAUGGCUACUGCAGAUGCCUUCUUGAGUCAGUGACAGCAUUCCUUAAUGAGCCUUAGGUCUUAUAAAGCCAGGCCCCAGUGGCCUCCCCAGCCUCUGCUGGAGAUGACCCACCUCUCUUUCCCAGGCUGCAGCUACUAUGCCAGCCUUUCCCAGAGUCUUUCUCCUUCCUGCAUUGCUGUAUUUGAGCUCAUGUCCUCUUCCCCUGGACUGUUUCUGCCUCCUCCUGUCCUGACUAAGGAGGGUUCCACGCUGUGCACCUUGCACCAGCCUGUCCUUGCCUCUGUCCACCAAGUUAUAUUUCUUCUCUCUUUGAUGACUUAGUUCAUUUCUACCUAUCACUGAGCUCCUUCAGGUUAGGGUAUUCUUUCUGUUCACCUUGGGACGCUCUGGUGACAUCAUAGGCUAGGGAGCGAUAUACUAGGUGUAGUUUCACUGAAUUGAUGGAGGCUCUGGUAGAGAAAUAGCUUGGGUGGGCCCCAGCAUUGCAUCCUUCAGGGCUCUGCCUUUCCAGGCUCCAUCACACCCCGUAAAGCGUAAAAGUGGUUCAAGGAGCUCCAUACAAAGCACGUGUGUGGCCGUUUGACUGACAAAUGUCCCACACAAGCUCAGGCAUCUAAACGCUUGGUCCCCGUUGGUGGCUCAGAGAGGCCACGGGGAGGCACAGCCUUGCUUGAAGAAGCACGGAAGGGUGGUGAGGGUUUACAGAGUGCAAGUUCACUCCCAGCUUCAUACAGUUGAUUGCUUACUCUCUCCGCUUCCCGCUGUCUUGCCUGCUUCUGGCUGCUGUGUGUCUUUGUCAUAAAAAGACUCUUAAACUCUCUGGAAUCAUACGCCCAAAUAAACUUACUUGAGUGUGCUAGUUUACCAUAGCAACAGAAAAAGUAGCUAAUACAGCAUGCUUGUAUCUGCUUAUGCAGUAGGUGUGGAAUUCUGUCCGCCUCUGAUGGUUUCGUGCUAGUGCAGUGCUUAUUUAAAUGAAUAUAUUUCCUCAAAUGCUGUACCAAAUAGAACCAAAAUUAUCAACUCUGCUUCUCUUCUUCUGUAUUAGGGUUGGGUUUUUUGUUUUGUUUUAUGUUUUGUUUUCUGCAAUAAAGCACCCUAAAGAAAGC